UAAAAAGCGAAACAGAAGUGAAAAAAAAAGGCGAAAGUCUUUCACUUUGCGCGAUUCAUGUCUCCUCCGACAUCUUUUCGAUCGCUUUACGCUUCCUCAUCUACUCGUACUCCGAUAUCUCCACAAAUCCGAAUCAUACCCUUACUGAACUCAUGCAAAAGACCCUACGGUCUAUCAUUCUCAACCUCGUCCUCUCUUCCUUCGUCUUCUUCAAAUCUAUUUUUCUCAUCAUCAAGGAAGCAGUCUCUCUCUAUAAAGGUACAAGCUUUAGCUGCUGAAACAGAACAGCCAAAAUGGUGGGAGAAGAAAGCAGGACCGAACAUGAUCGACAUCACCUCAACCGAACAGUUUCUGAACGCUUUGAAAGAUGCGGGAGAUAGAUUAGUUAUCGUCGAUUUUUAUGGAACUUGGUGUGGCUCUUGCCGAGCAAUGUUCCCAAAGCUAUGCAAAACAGCGGAAGAACACCCUGAGAUCUUGUUCCUUAAAAUAAACUUUGACGAGAACAAGUCACUCUGCAAAAGCUUGAACGUCAAGGUGUUACCAUACUUCCACUUAUACCGCGGCUCGGAUGGCCAAGUCGAUUCUUUCUCCUGCUCUCUUGCCAAGUUCAAGAAACUCAGAGAUGCUAUAGAGAGACAUAAUGUAGGAAUUAGCAGUGACCACUCUUCUUCGGUUUCUGAGCAAAUUGAAGAUUCAACUUCAAGCCUAUAAUCAACCAAUGUCUGGUUCUAAUUGAACAGUUUUUUUUAUUUGAUGGUUUCAAUGUAUAUAUAUUUGUUAACUGCCAUUUGCAUUUGCUGCAUCAUAACUUGUGUAGAUAUUAGAAAGUCAAAAAAGUCUAGUAAGAAAGAAACAUUUUGUUUUACAAAACCACUGGUAUGUGAUCCCAAAAGUUUGAACUAAUGUAUGAAAGGAUACAACAUAUUAUUAUA